CCUCCCGCUCCCGGCCUGCGGCGGCUCGAAACGCCCGGCCCGGCCCGGCCCUCCCGCAGCCGCGGGACCCGACACGGACGCGGCAGCAAAUGCGAGGCGCUGGAGGCCGGUGGGCCGCACGCGCUGGGCUCUACCGAGCUGGCCCCUCCUCGCACGGGGCUCCCGGGCCCUGCGGGGCAGCCCGGCGGCAGGCGGGUUCCCCGGCGCCGACGGCCCGCGGCAUCUCGGGGAAGCGGCCGCGGAGCGGGGGACCCGGGGCCGCCGCGCUGAGAGCGGCGAGGAAAGCCCGGCCCAGCGCAGCCCGGGAGCGGCCACGAGCGACCGCGGGGGGCGAGGGCGAAGGUCCAGUCCGGUCCGGUCCGGCUCGGCUCGGCUCCCCGACGGCGGCUGCGGGGCCGGGCCAGCCCCGUCCCAUCACUUGGAGGAGGGCGGCGGCGGACGGGGCGGGCCGGAUCCCGCUGCGGGAGCUGGCGCUGCCGCCUGUCCCGGGGCGUCUCCGGCCCCCGCGCCCCGCCGGGGCGGCCUCGAUCGCGGGCCCCGCUUCCCCACCGCGGCCCGUGCCCGUCGGCUGGGCUCCAGCCGGGGCUGCGGCUGUCCCGAGAUCGCGGCUCCGGGAACUUCACACGCGGCAGCGGAGCGAGCAGGCGCGAGUCCCCGGAGGGGACGUCCCCGCACCCCGCGGUUCCCGGCUCCCGCCUCCCCCCGAGCCCCCUCCCAGCUCCCUCUACCGCCUCCCGCCCGCGCCCGAGGGAAGCGCUUCCUGGCCCGUGGGAGCGGCCCCGCGGGGGCCGGUGCGGGGGGGGGGCCGGCGCUGGGCACGGACUUGCGCGGGGAGCGGCGAGAGCCACUCGCCCGCCCGCGGAUCCCGGGCUCAGACAAUAGCCCCCCCCCGCUCCCCACCCCGCCCCCACCCCCGUGCGCCGCGGCUGGAGGCGGCCGGGAAGCGCCGGCUGCGGAGCCCCGCUGGAGCCUGCGCCCGGGCAGCUGCGGAGCCGCCGAUCCCCGCCCGGCUCCGAGCAUGAAGACCGAGGAGGCUCCCUCCUGCCUGCAGCAGGCCACCCCGGUACUGGGCUUUGGAUCGGACUCCAAAAUGCGGGAGGUUUGUGCCGGCUGUGACACGCCCAUCUCCGACCGCUUCCUCCUGCGAGUCAACGAGCGCUCCUGGCAUGAGGGCUGUGUGAAGUGCACGGCCUGUCUGCAGCCACUUUCAGGCACCUGCUACUGCCGCAACCGGCAGCUGUACUGCAAGCAUGACUACGAGAAGCUGUUCCAGACGAAGUGCAGCAGCUGCCUGAAGGCAAUUGCCCCAUCCGAGUUCAUCAUGCGGGUGCUGGAGAAUGUCUACCAUGUCCACUGCUUCUACUGCUGCGAGUGCGAGCGGCGCCUGCAGCGUGGGGACGAGUUUGUGCUCAAGGAGGGGCAGCUGCUAUGCCGCAGUGACUAUGAGAAGGAGAAGGAGAUGCUGAGCGCCAUCAGCCCUGCGCCCACUGAGUCUGUGAAAAGCGAGGAUGAGGAUGGCAGCCACCCACAUGGUAAAGGCGGCGAUGAAGGCAAGGACCACAAGCGCUCCAAGCGCCCGCGCACUAUCCUCACCACCCAGCAGCGACGAGCGUUUAAAGCCUCCUUUGAGGUCUCCUCUAAGCCCUGCAGAAAGGUGAGAGAGACCCUUGCGGCUGAGACCGGCCUGACCGUCCGAGUAGUGCAAGUCUGGUUUCAGAAUCAGAGAGCCAAGAUGAAAAAGAUUGCACGCAGGCAGCAGCAACAGCAGCAGCAGCAGCAGGAGCAGGACCAGCUGGGCAAUCCACGCUUGGGGACAGGCCGUGGCACAGGCCGCAGCAGCCGGCAGAGCAAUGAUGACAGUGAAGAUGGCGCAAGUGUUCAUGGACUGGACGGACUCAUGGUCCCCUAUCCCCGGAUCCCCCAGCAGCAGCUGCUGCCCCUGGAUCAGAACAGCUACAGCACAGACUUAUACAGACAAGGGCUCACACCACCCCAGCUGCCAGGAGACCAUCUACAUCCCUAUGAUUCAGAAGGCGUUUUCCAUGACAUGGACAGUGACAGCAUCGGCCACUUGGGUGACUGCCUGCUGUCGACGGCCGAGGCCAGCCUCCUCCAGGCGCGCGUGGGGAACCCCAUUGACCGGCUCUACUCCAUGCAGAGCUCCUACUUCACCUCCUGACCGCGGAGCAGCUCCUGGCACCCGUGUGUGUCUCGGACCAAGGCUGCUCUGAUUUCAGGUGGCAGGGGUGGGGGUGGGGGCAGGAAAGACGAAGCAGAGCCCUGCAGAGGAGCUCCCUGAACCCCGCACAGUGCAAGGAGGCGACUGGGUUUCCAAGCAUGUGAGCACUAAUUCAGGGGCAUCUGCAGCAGCCUGGAGGACUUCUCUGCAUUGCCUCUCUCCUCCCUUUCUCUCGUCCCACGUAGAUGGAUGGUACAAUGUUGUUUAGCUGUAACCGUAGCAGUUGUCAAGUGUUUAAGCGUCUGAGCAUCACGUCCUUCAAAGACUGGCCUGGUUGCCCAGAUGUGUUCUUGGAAGCAGCCAGCUCCUCUGUCCUGCCACCCAUGUUUGCUCAAACCCCAGCACUGAUAGACCUUGGCAGCACCCUUGUGGCCUGGCUCCUGGGAUUCCAUUCAGGCAGACCAAAGACUUGGGAUGACUGACUGACACCACUGUCAUUUUGGAGGCUGCCUUCAUGGGCCCAUGUCAGUUGGCACAGGAGGCAUUUCAGUGACUGGGAGGAACGGAGGACAGGCCUGUAUGGAAGGAAAGCUCUGUGCUUAGGGGUGCAUCCACCUCCGUGAACAAGGGUAGACUCAUCUCCUGGUACUACGCAAUGAUGCUGGGGCCACCAUGCCUGAAAGGAGCAUCUCUGUGGUCCAUCUGCCUGGAGGCCCUGUUUUUGCCAUAGGUUUCACCCCGUCCCUUUCUAGGUGGUGAAAACUUGUAAAACAGCAGUCACCAGCAUGCCUGAUUCCCAGAGCAGCAGACCCAGUGGGGAGGGUUGUGCUGCAGCCAGGGAGCUGGGCAUGCUGAUGUCUGGGUACGUGCUGUCUUGGUUCCAAAGCCACCCAGCCUAGUUUCCCCAAUGCAUAAAACACUCCUCCAUGAGGAAGAAGUCACUGAAGGCUGUCCCUGCCACAGAUCUGAGGGAAGCCACCCAGGCACAUCAACAACCCAGAACCAUAGGAGACCUGCUGCUAGCUCCCUUUGCUAUGCCAGGAAUUCCCCAUCUUCUCAAGGAGCUCAUGGAGGCAGCCUGUAACCAGGGAUGCAGAACUACAGCCCUUACACAGCUCACACUCCCAUUGCUUGCCUGUGAAUGAAGCUGUACAAACAUCCCACAGUGACCAGCAGCUGUUGCUCACUCAUUUAUAAAGCCAGACUCUAUCUGAACCAUCCCUUGGUCCCAGUGUCAGAUGGUUUUUUCCCCUUAAGGCAACUCUGUAAAUAGGUGAUAAACACUUUGUUGUUUCUUUUAGGGGGAGAAUCCUGUCCCCGGUAACUGACAACAUGUGAGUUACCUCCAUCUGAGCAGGCCAGUUCUAAAGGAAGGUUUUACCCAUCCACUCCACACCCCAUGGCUGCCGUUCCCACCUCUGCCAUGUGUCUGUCCACCCAUAAGAAACGAGACUGAAACCUCCCAGAGCUGCGUGUUUGUUUCUUUUGGUGGCUUUUUGCACUAGAGAUGGUCUCGGUUUAGAUUGUUUUGAGAGAAUGUUUCAGUGAACCAUGUGCCAAUGUGUGUGUUUCCUCCAAACACUGGAACCAGCUUCACCCACAGAAAUCCCGCCCUCGCGCUCAUUGUGACCCAGUGCUGUGAUGUGCCAGUGGUUUUGCAUGCACAUUUGGAAAUAAAAACAAACUUAAAGCUGAA